AUGCUGCUAGACGAGACCCCUCUGUUCGAUCCUGCUCUACUUGAGGAGUUAGACUGGAGCGAAAACAGUGCCUCCUUCUUCCCACUUAUCUCUCCUACUAACCCGGGAGAAGGCCUGGUGCUCAGGCCCCUAUGCACCGCCGACUUCAACAGGGGGUUCUUAAAGGUUUUGUCUCAAUUAACCGAGACAGGUGACAUCACUGCAGAACUGUUUAUAAAAAAAUUUGAGCACAUGAAAAAAACGGGAGACUACUAUGUGGUGGUGUUGGAAGACACCAAUCUGGGACAAAUUGUGGCCACGGCCACUUUGAUCACAGAGCAUAAAUUCAUUCAUUCUUGUGCAAAGAGAGGCAGAGUGGAAGAGGUGGUCGUCAGUGAUGUGUGCAGAGGCAAACAGCUUGGAAAACUGUUAAUGUCCACACUUGUGCUCCUCAGCAAAAAACUUGAUUGCUAUAAAAUUACACUGGAAUGUGCACCUAAAAAUGUGGCUUUCUACCAAAAGUUUGGUUACGCGGCUUCCGACGAGACUUACAUGCAGUGUCGCUUCUCCCACUGA